AUGGAGCUAAGGCCUGACACCAGCCACAAAGAGAAUGUGCCCCCAAGGCAUGGGGCACUCCUGAGGCCAGAGCAACGGCAAUACCUGAAGAGCCUGGGCAGUGGACAUGGCCAAUGGGUGCCCGCAUGCCAGGCCAAGAGGGGAGGGUCUGUUGCCACACCCUCUCCAGGGGCAUUGCUGCGCCAGGAGCCCUGCCGAGUCCAGACCAAUCUGGCCAGCCCUGGUCUCCACCGGGGCUUAGUUCUGAAGGACACAACUGGCCCACUGGUCAACUCAAGUUUCCAGCAACAGAGUAACCUGCAGCCCCCAGCUGGGAGGCCCUGGGGGAAGACCCGAGAGUUUGCCAUCCAGCAGACUAACCUGAGCAGAAGAGAGACCACCAGCCCUGGCCUCUGGCCAAAGCCUCAGGAGAACUUUAGGCCCCAAGGGCCACUGGCUUGCCCAUCUCCCAGCCUGAGGCAGUCCAUGCUGCUAGCCACAGAUACCCGGAGCCUGAACCUCAGGCCCACUGCAGGCUCUGCCCCUCUCAAUGGGCACACACAGCCAGGCUUCAGAUGUUGGCAGGGCCUGGGAAACUGGACCUCCAGGCUUGAGGGGAAACCCCUCACCCUGAAGGACCUGGCUGUCCCUGCUCCGAGUCAGGCUAGGGCCCCUUCCCACACUGCCAUCCACCAGCUGCUGGCCUCCAUACAAUCCCUGGAGCAGGUGGCAGCCCAGCUCAGGAGCAGGGCAGCCCAGGAGCCCUCAGGCACUUCACAGCAGGACCUCUGGGCCAGCAGUGGCCAAAGCCUGCAGCCCUGCCAGUCUGUCAUUGCUUCCAGGAGCAAGGCCCAAACCACUGUGGCUCUGGAUUCUGAGGCAGCUCGCCGACAGCUGUCAUCCAGAUGUUUCAGAGCCUGGAGGCACUUGGUAUGGAGGCAGAGGGCCUUGGCAACAGAGGUGGCCCUGGUCCGGCGGAAGCUAUUACGAAAAGGCCUUCAGGCACUGCGGUGGGCCCUGUGGCUCCGGGAGGCCCAGAUGGAGAUGGCAUGGGGGCGAUACUUGAAGGCCCUGCUGGCCCGCAGCUUCCAAAAGUGGAGAAAGAUGGCUCUGCAGCGGAAACAGGGGCAGCACCCCAUCCAGGCUGUGUCCAGACUCCCACCCUCCAGGGAAGGCCAGGAGCAGCGCCCCUACUUGGGAAGAAAGGCAGUGGUGGACACUGCCCAGAGGAGCAGCUGCACUCCCACCCCAGGCAGACUGAGAGAAGAGAAGGAAGCCCAGCCUAUUCUGUCCCAUCCUGGGCAGAGACCAGACGGUGGAGACAGGAGAGUCCAGACACUGCAGGCCCUACAACAACUAACUGUCUUCCUCCUAUGGUGCCAUCAGAAAGCACAGGCCAGGCAGGAAAGGGGGAUCCAGGGGGAGGCCACUGGGGCCAUACAGAAGAUCCUCCAGGCCUGGCACUCUCAUACUGUACGUGCAGCCCGGGUGGCCCAACUAGACCCUCAGCGCCAGAGAGCCUGGCUGUGCAGGUGCUUUGGGGCCUGGCAGCGGUUUGUACAAAGAGAGUCUCGAUGCCGGGACCACCUGGCUGACCGUCGAGUGGGGACCCUGAGGACAUGCCUGGGACACUGGGUACAGAUGAAGCAGCUCCAGGCCUCAGAUGGGGCAAAGGUGACCCAGCUAUCCCUCUGCCUGCAGAAGGCAGGUAAGUGGCAUGUGGCCCUCCACUCAGCCCCUAAACCUGCCACAGCCCGUGGUCUGAGGGCAGUGGCCCCAGCGCAGAGGCUGUCCUGGGAGAAAGGCGGAGGCUCCCUGCAGGAAGCCUGCCGGAGACUGGCCCUCCACCGGGUGCUGCUGCUCUGGAGGACGCGGCUCUCCCAGUGCCAGCAGGCCAACUCCUUCUUCCAGGGCACACAGCAGCAGAGACUGCGACACAUCCUGAGGCAGUGGCGCUGGAGGACAUGGAGUCUGGACCCCCCAUCAGGCUCUGCCAGGACCACCUUGGCCCUGGAGCCACUGGGCAGGGUCCCGGGAGGACAGCUCUCGCUGGGCUGUAGCAUACCGUACAUUCUGCUGGUGAAGCUCAGGGCCCCUACCCUACUGGAGACCCCCCAGAUGAGCUGUCUGUGGGCAGCUGGACAGCAGCAAGGAUUGUACCUUCUGCUUUGGCAGGUGCGGGCCCAGCAGUCCCCAGGUGCAGUGAGGUGGCGCCAGCAUACCCUUCAGAGGUGUGUCCUCCUCAGCUGGAGUCACUGGGCCACAACCCAAGUGGUCCAGAGAGAGCGGGCUGCCCAGUGGGCCUGGGUUCAGAGCUGCAGGGCUGUGCUGGGCCUGUGGCGGCAGCGGCUGGCGCAGAGGCAGGAGGCAGAGCGGUGGGCUCAGGAGCGGGGCUGGCGACUGGCACGUGUUGCCCUGUGCUGCUGGCACUCCUGCUGGCACAGGCAGCAGCUUCUGUGUGAAAAGUACCAGAGGUGUGUGCAAGUUCGUCUCCAGGGCCUGCGGAGGGCCAUGUUCUGGGGCUGGCACCAGGCAGCAGUUCAUCGGAGACACACGUUGGCCCAGCCAGAGCAGCUGCUACUACACAGCUACUUCCAGGCCUGGUAUGAGGUUGUGAAAGCCCAAAGAGUGCCCCCAGCCCAGCAUCGAAACGUCCAGCAUGGCCUGAGGAGAAGGGUACUGCUGGUCACACUUCCCACAUGGCAGGAGGCCCCAGCAGCCACAGCCCAGGUACAGGAGCAGCUGAUGGCCCAGGCCUCCCUUGGCCACUGGAGAAGCCACGUGCAGCGGGGCCGGGCAGACAGGCAGCUGAGGAGGAGGGCCUGGGCCCGGCAAGCCUUCCGAGCAUGGCAAGUGGCCCUGGGCCAGCGCCGUGAGGCCCAGCAACAAGCAGGGUGCAGAACUGGGGCUCUGGUGACCCUGCACUGGACACUGGGGAUGUGCCAGCCCAGCUGUGGCCAGGUCAGCAGAGCCCACGCUGCCUGGAGGCUGAGUGCCUGGGUUCUAGAGGCCUGGGCCCAGUUGGUAGCCCAGGACCAUGUCCAGAGAGCUGCUGUCACCCAGCUCCAGCAGACUGGGCUCAGGAGCCUCCUGCGGACCCACUGGGUGCUGCUCAGAGUACAUUCGAGACCACAGGCUGAAGCCCAGGAAGCCAGCACCGCCUACUCCAGGACCCAGGCCGACUUUAUGCACUGGCCCAGGAUGACCAGCUGGGGGCACCUCCUGCUGAUGCUGGACACCUCAGCCCCUUGGAAGGAGGUAAAGGCCCCAGGAGGUCUGAGCCUGUUGGGUUCAGAUUUUCCUCUCUGGCUGUUCCCUCAGACCUUCAGCUGCUGGACACAGGCCACAGGGCCAGUGCUGCCCGAGCCAACACUGCAGCACAGCCUGGGUGGACAGAAGACACAGAAGGAGACACCCUGGGCUCCAAGUAAGGAGAAUGUGCCUCGGGGGACAAGUGAAGUACAGGCUGAUGCAUGGUGGGCCCCUGGGCUAAUUGGUCCGAUGUAUUCACUGUUUCUCCACCAUUUCCUCUUAAAUAUCUCAGCUGUUUUGAGAACUCUUCAUUUUCUGGUCCGCCCUGUCAGUUCUCUCUGGGCAGUAGCCCAGAACUGUGGGAGGCUCAGACGUAGGAAGGAGGGAGCUCAACUCUGUACCUCCCUUGACCUUCUUCAUUGCUCUGGGCCUCUGGCCACUUGCCAAGGGACAAGUGCGUUAACCACUUCUGGCCACUUGCCUUCCUGGACCAGUGUGUUAACCACUUCUACUCAACUCUCCUUUCCAGGCAACAGAGAACAUCCCCAGGGCCCUGCCUUCCAGCUCUGUGGCUGGGCCCCAGGCCUACCCCCAACAGGCCCAGGAGGGCAAUGUAGCCCUGAGCCCAGGGCCCUCAAAGGCCAAGGUUGGGCACAUCAGAGGAGGCUGGGCGCUGGCAGUUACAGGGUCCUAGGGGGACAGGUGGCUAGUGGCUGUGUCCUUCUUCUGGCCAUGUUGGCUCUCGAUGCUCUUGGUCGUCAGGAGCAAGUACCUGCAGCGCUGGCGUCUUGAGGCUCUGCUUCACCGGCUGCGGGCUUCCCAGCAGGCUAGGUGCCUGGCAGCAACAUGGCAGCGCUGGGCGGAUGCUCAAGGCGCUGAGCAGCUGGCACAGUCCCUGCUCAGGGAAUGGCACCUAAGAUGGGCCUGGCGGAGGUGGCGACAGCGGAUCCUAAGACUUCGGGUGGCUGAGCGGUUACGGCAGCAAGAAGAUGGUUCCAGGCCUUUGAGAAGUGGUAUCAGCGCCUGGCAGCUAGGAGCCCCAGGAGAGGAGCCACCAGCAGCCCAAGACCCCUAAACAAGCCAGGAACCCCAGCUUCGAGCAGGAGGGAAGUUCCUGAGUCCCCAGGGGCAGGGGACUUGGUGGCCCAGCUGCAACUGUGACUUGUUCCCACCCUCCAGGAAGGGAACUGUGCCCCACACUCCUGGGGACUAGUGACAGUUGGACAGCUCAAGAAGCUCUGAAGAAUAAUAAUGCCCUCCUCAGUCCUAGUUGCUUCUCUUGGUCAGUCUCUCCAAAAGGCUGCCUUUCUGCCCUGGCCAGAAGGGCCAGGCAAGAGUGAAGACGUCCCACAAUUGUGCCAAACUCUGUCAUCAGGCUGCUCCAGGACCCCCACCCCCACCCAUGAGCUAGUGAUCCAAGCCAAGGGAUAGCCCGUCUGGAUCUGCCAGUCACUGCUCUUGGGAGCAGUGCCAGAAGACAGCCUCUGGGACAGGAAGCGUAGAAGGGAAAGGGCACUUGGCAUAGGGAUGGCCUAUAUCAAAAAUAAGCCAGAAGUGUGGCUGC